GCUGACGCAAAAUGAAACUUCAGUUCGUCUCACUACUGACCUUUCUUAACGUGAUCAACUUCUCUGUCGCCUUCGUACCAUGGGCACCAAUUCCUAUAACCGGAGCACGCUCCCAAUCUCGUGUGCCAGAUAGUAUGACGAACGCGGAAAGGCUGAUUAGAGAGCUACCGCCACGGGCACCGAAAGGACUCUUCAACCGGUUGAAACCACGAACACCGACGACGUCUCAAACUGUAUGCAAGAGGGGCUCCAAUGGAAAUGGAAAUGGGAACGACAAUGGAAAUGGGAAUAGCAAUGGAAACGGAGGCAAAGUAGUAGCUGUGAAGAUGAAGACUCGACUAGUAAGUAAAAUUUGGGGCAGCUCGACCUCGAACAGUGGGAAAUUAUUCCCUUCAGAUAUUCUUUUAAUGCCAUGAUAGGAUAGGAUACUUCGGUCCAUGGAUGGAUUAGUGUACGAUUUGUCAAUUUAUAGCCGUGCAUCUACACGCC